AGAGUCGCUCGCUUUCUGUCGUUGUCUCGAGUUGGAAAGAAACAGCGGCAACAUGGAGAUGCUGACCGGAGGAUUUUUCUAAUCGCCUGUCGGUGUCAAUGACAUGAGCAGAAUUGCUAAAACCUCAAAUGAUGGCAGGAAAGCUCCGCUACAAUGGUGUAAACGCUCCUGUCGCAUAGACAAUCUGCAUCGUUGAGAAAAUCGUUGUACGCGUAUAAACAGCAGCAAUGCGCGGGGCGGACAGCAACGGCUCUGCCGUGAUUGUGCUCUGCCUCCUGGGAUGCGAUAUAUGGACGACAGGCGCUAAAACACUGCAGGAGAACAGCGAUGCCAAAGAGGUGGCGCUGAAGGUUCAUCUAAGUGACGCCAGCACUCAUCAGCCUCUCUCUGGUGUCACUGUAGAGAUCUUCACUAACCACACCCCUGUUGCCUCCGAUACCUCCGGUGCCGAUGGCAACACCUUUAUCAGGUUUCCCUAUCGUCUUGGCGAUCUUUUUGUAGUCACGGCAACCAAACGUGGCUACGUACCCAACUCCAUCCCAUGGCAACCAGACAGGCUACCUGUCUUCUCAUCUCUGAGUCUGGAUCUGCUACCUGAAAGAGCUGCAACUCUGAUGGUGUAUGAUGACUUGGUGGAGAUCGUCUCUGGAUAUCAAGGUUCAAAGCUUCAGUUCCCGAGAAGAGCAUUGAGUCUUCCUUCUAAUGCAAGCUACACCAACCUGACCGCUUUUCUCACCGUGAGCAGCACGUCCCGAGACACACAGUACUUUCCUUACCUGCAGGGUCUUCAUUCCAACUACACAGGCAGCGAUCGAAAGUUUGAGCUGACUCCUAUAGCUGCUAUCAGUGUCCAUCUUUUGGGCAGUGAUGGGGCGGAGCUUCACAUCAGUGAGCCAAUCACUGUGAACGUGCCUCUUCCUGCAGACAGUGAUCUGAAAGAGAAUGAUCACAUCCCAGCCUGGAGGUUUGACCCUAAACUGGGGGCUUGGCUGAAGAGCAAUCUGGGACGUGUCCAUUGGGAGGGGAAGCAGUUAACUCUCACAUAUACAGCCCCUCAGCUUGGUUACUGGGUGGCAGCCAUGUCUCCUAUAAAUACAGGUCCUGUCGUGGCCAAGGACAUCAGCACUUAUCAUACAGUCUUCCUGUUGGCCAUAUUAGGAGGCAUGACCCUGAUAUUGCUCUUCCUGUUCUGUUUACUGCUCUAUUAUUGCAGGAGGAAGUGUUCCCGCUCGCGGCCCACCCACAGGAAGUUCACUCUAUCCUCUGCUCUAGAUGCUUCUAAACGAGACCAGGCUACAUCUAUGUCCCACCUAAACCUCAUCAAUGAGACGCACCUCGACCACAAUGGGGCAGAGCCAGACAUGCACACACCUAUGCUUAAACCCAACCCCUACGACUCCUCCACCACUGAGCUGGCAGCUUCACGGGAUGAGCUCCAUAGCCGAAGAUCAAACCACUGCAAGCGUUCGGUAGAAAUAUUUACGCACAAAUCAGCUUCUUCAAACAAUCCUUCCGAGGGCUACGAUUCCCCUGCAGCACGCGGGGAGUUCCGGCGUAGCUACACCUCCAUCACGACUUCAUCCGUUCAUCCCCUCCACAUGUCCGUCUCGUCAUCAUCCCCCCACCCUUUACAUUACACCGCCUCAGCGGGACGUCGGUCUUUGGAAAGUAAGUCGAGCCUGCGUGAUCCACGUCUCUCUCCCGUUUCAGCGACAUCAACGUGUCCCACUGGGUCACCGGAAAGGGAGCUGGGAAUUGAGCGGCGACAAGUCGAUUAUAUGCUGUCUCGCUCCGUAGACCACCUGGAGCGUCCCGCCCCCCUUCCAAAACCCGGAGCUCUGCUCUGCUGUACCUCUGAACUACAAGUCAGCCAAGGGGAAGAAACCUACCGCAAGGCCCGCCCCACGCUGGUCAUCCCCGCCCACUACAUGAGACUACCAGGGACACACCCGCUUUCAGGCCAAGCGCUUCUUUUGCAGUCAGACGAACAGAGCGAGUUAGAAAGCAUUCAGGCAGAGCUCAGCGCGUGCCAUCAGCCGCAGGGACAGAUGCCACACCAAUGGGGUAAAGCAGAGCAGGGAGGAGGAACGCAAGGAGCAGGGGACGACCAAGGAGGCGGAGGGGAGGAGUGGACGUUGCAGACGGCAGCUCUUCCUGCAAAUCUCUCCAUUCCCAACUCUCUCAGUCAGGGGGGAAUUGAUGUUGUGCAGAUGAAUGGAGAAGAUCAGCUCCUAGCCGAAAAGACUUUGAUGGAACUUAGGGGAGGAAAGCCCCUCCCUCACCCGAGAGCCUGGUUCGUGUCAUUGGACGGCCGCUCCAACGCUCACAUCCGUCAUUCGUACAUCGACCUGCAGAGGGCAGGAUGCAACAACAGUAGUGUGGGAAGCAACGAUGCCAGUCUGGACUCUGGGGUGGACAUGAGCGAUCUCACUCCGGGACGGCGCGUUCGCGACCCUGGCAAACUUGUGGUCAAAGCUGAAGAUGCAGCUCAGCCUGUGGUCAGAUAUCCACCUUUGGUGUCGGUAGAGGGUUCACACGCUAAUGGUACCAGUAGCUCACCUUCAGUUAGCAGCCCCGAAGAAAACCCUGUUGGGCCUUUGUUGCAGGAAGGAGAGAGAGAGGAGGACGGUGAGGAGACUCCAUCGCCUCCAUCUCUCCAUCUUCCCCCAGAGCUUCCUUCACCACCUCCUCUUCCAGAGCCCGUGGAUGAGACGGCAGAUGAGACGCCAGAGGAGACAGAGACAUUCAAUGAAGUUUUUAGGACUGAAGAGAGUCAAAUGCACACAAGCAGUAGCCGCCCAAACAACCUGGUCGUCCCUGAUGAUGGUGGUGAGGACGAGACCAAGAAGAGCCCUUGGCAAAAACGGGAGGAGAGACCCUUAAUGUCCUUUAACCUGAAAUGACAACAUUUUUCCCUUGAUAGACUGUUGAAGGGAGUUGCCUUAUGAGCACAGGUCUGUGUGUGGCUCUUUGCUGUGACAAUAAAUGCCAAGCAAGCCAUAGCACAACUUUUUUCGGAGCAGCCUCACGUUUGGAAGUGAGAACUGAGUUAACAAAUGCAAAAACACAGUUAUAUUACAAGACUUGAACUGCUGUUACUUUUCUAUACAAGGACUUUGAGCAAAAAUAUUGCAGAACAAUGCAAGCCAUUGUAUCGGUGGAAUGUUGAUUAAGCUUUAUGAAAUGCUGCUGUUUUUGAGCAAUAUGACAUCUAGUGGCAACGUGUAUACGCUUCAGAAAAGUGUACCCCUGUAGUGUUUCCCAGCACUUAUUAUGGGCUGACUGGUGGAAUGUCUUCCACAUCUGAUUAUGUUGUUAAACAUAAUAUAAAACCUCUGUAACGGGAUCAUUUUGCCUCACAAUCGACAUUUCACUUUUUUAGUUCUUUCAUGGAUUUACGAGUACAGGUAAAGCUUGCGAGACCAAAUACGUUUGCAUAAUGCAACAUUAGUUCCUGUCAAUCAUUUAUUAUGGCUGUGUUGAGCACAGAUUCGCAAAUGUCCCUUUCCUCCAAUCAUCGGUUGCCAUCACAGUAAGCCUUUGCAAUAUGUGUCGAUGUGCUUCAGACCUGCCUUGAAGAAAAAACAGCUAUGCAUUGCUUUAAAACUGAAGGAUCAUGUAGUCUUUAUUUUAACCACUGUAUUGUUAUGUAAUGUUCAGUUAUUUUGGUAAAUGUUUUAUUCAGGUUUUGUUUUUUUUCGUUUGGAACUGCCUUAGUGUGUGAGUGAAGUGGACUGCACAGAGCUAGAUACACACACAUUUAAACACACGCUCACAUGAAACCGCCACCAGCUUCUCCUUCACGAUUUUUUGUCUUAAGUGCCUUUUUUAACAAUCAUUUCAAUCCAGCGUUGUUUCCUUACCUCUGUUUUAAUCGGUUUGUGUCAUAUUAAGAUUUUUUUACAAUGUGUUGACUCUAUGUAGCAUUACACUCCUCCUGCCAUUGAUCACAUUGAGUGUUUGUGUGUGUUUUAAUGUUAUACUUGGGUGUAUGUUCAAUGCAUCUGUGUGUCUUCUCAAGACAUGCUAUGCAGCGUAUGUACUUGUGUAGGACUGAAAGCAAUGUGUCAUGUUUGAAAGCAGCUGGCUUGUUGCCAAGGUAACCACUAGGAAUGAAUACUUAUGUCAUUUAGCUCUUCAACAAUCUCUUUUGAAUGUCUGGACUGGUUGCUUGUAUUCAGGCCUAUUAUCCAAAUAAAGCCAAAAAUCUAAUGAACAAUUUUUCAACCAUCACUUUAUGUUGAUUAAAUGUGUGACUAAAUAACUUUUGAU